UACCUCCCGAGCGCCGUCUGCACACCAGAGCUGGUGGAGGGGGCAGGAGGGUUAAACCGGGCCUCCGGAAGUCAGGCCCGGGGACAACCCCCGCUCCGCAUCCCGCCCUCCCCGUGUCCACAGGCCAUGGUGAGCGAGUCCCCGGGGCCCGGCGCCCGCGUGCCCUGGCGGCGGAGCGACGAGGCGCUGCGCGUGAACGUGGGCGGCGUGAGGCGGCGGCUGAGCGCACGCGCGCUGGCCCGCUUCCCGGGCACGCGGCUGGGCCGCCUGCAGGCCGCCGCGUCCGAGGAGCAGGCGCGGCGCCUGUGCGACGACUACGACGCGGCGGCGCGCGAGUUCUACUUCGACCGGCACCCGGGCUUCUUCCUGGGCCUGCUGCACUUCUACCGCACCGGCCGCCUGCACGUGCUCGACGAGCUGUGCGUCUUCGCCUUCGGCCAGGAGGCCGACUACUGGGGCCUGGGCGAGAGCGCGCUGGCCUCCUGCUGCCGCGCGCGCUACCUGGAGCGGCGCGUGGCGCGGCCGCGCGACUGGGACGAGGACAGCGACACGCCGAGCAGCGUGGACCCGUGCCCCGACGAGAUCUCCGACGUGCAGCGCGAGCUGGCGCGCUACGGGGCCGCGCGCUGCGGCCGCCUGCGCCGCCGCCUCUGGCUCACCAUGGAGAACCCCGGCUACUCGCUGCCCAGCAAGCUCUUCAGCUGCGUCUCCAUCGGCGUGGUGCUGGCCUCCAUCGCCGCCAUGUGCAUCCACAGCCUGCCCGAGUACCAGCCCCGCGAGGCGGCGGCCGCCGUGGCCGCGGUGGCCGCGGGUCGCGGCACGGAAGGCAUGCGCGACGACCCGGUGCUGCGGCACCUCGAGUACUUCUGCAUCGCCUGGUUCAGCUUCGAGGUGUCGUCGCGCCUCCUGCUGGCGCCCAGCACGCGCAACUUCUUCUGCCACCCCCUCAACCUCAUCGACAUCGUGUCGGUGCUGCCCUUCUACCUCACGCUGCUGGCCGGCGUGGCGCUCGGCGACCGGGGCGGCGCGGGCGGCGAGGACCUCGGUGACCUGGGCAAGGUGGUGCAGGUGUUCCGCCUCAUGCGCAUCUUCCGCGUGCUCAAGCUGGCGCGCCACUCCACCGGGCUGCGCUCUCUGGGCGCCACGCUCAAGCACAGCUACCGCGAGGUGGGCAUUUUACUGCUGUAUCUGGCCGUGGGCGUGUCCGUGUUCUCCGGUGUGGCCUACACAGCCGAGAAGGAGGAGGACGUGGGCUUUGACACCAUUCCCGCCUGCUGGUGGUGGGGCACGGUGAGCAUGACCACUGUGGGCUACGGGGAUGUGGUGCCCGUGACGGUGGCUGGCAAGCUGGCAGCCUCAGGCUGCAUCCUCGGGGGCAUCCUGGUGGUGGCGCUCCCCAUCACCAUCAUCUUCAAUAAGUUCUCUCACUUCUACCGGCGCCAGAAGGCUCUGGAGGCUGCUGUGCGCAACAGCGACCCCCGGGGGUUUGAGGAUUUGCUGAGCAGUGUGGAUGGGGUGUCGGAGGCGUCUCUGGAGACCUCCCGUGAGACCUCCCAGGAGGGAAGGUCUGCAGACCUGGAGGCCCAGGCCCCGAGUGCACCUGCAGACUCUCAGGUUUAUUAAAGCCAGGGCUCAGUGUCCUCCUUCCCACACCCCUACAGUCAGCUGAAACAGCAGAGAUCCUUCCCUGCUUACAUGGUUCAUGGUGGCCUCACUGCUCAGGAUCACUCCCCCAGCCCUGAGAAAUGGGGACUGGGUCCCUUCCUCUAAAGGCCCAGGUUAGGAUGGUGUCACCCUAGGUUCUGUGAGCCUGGAGAACAGCCCAGAGACUUUCGUAAACGAACCUCCAAGCUACUGUGAAGCAGGCAUGUGCUACAGAGAAAGUCAAAAGGAUGCUAACGGGUCAUGAACACUCCCUGCCUGUCAGCCCUAUCACACUCAGCCCUGUGUUGGAGGAUGAGAAUUGGCCCCAUUUCGCAGAUGAGGAAACUGAGGCUCAGAGAGGUGCAAUGACUCGCCCAAAUGUCUCCCAGUUCGAAGUCGUGGAGCCAAGUUGGGAAUCCAGACUCUUUGGUCGACCAAGCCAGUGUUCCUUCCAUGCUGUCUUUCUUCUGCCCUCCUAAAGUUUGCAUGUGGUUUUAGGGGGUUCAUGAAUCCUGAGAAGAUCCUCUAUCAGGGCUAGGGAAAGGCCCAGACAGAGGAUUCAGAUGUAGGAGUGCUGGACCUCAGCUGUGGUCCUUUUCCAUGAGAUUCUUUUUUUUUUUUUUUUAAUGUUUAUUUAUUUUCGAGACAAUGUGAGACACAGAAUACAAGCAGGGGAGGGGCAGACAGAAGGAGACACAGAAUCUGAAGCAGGCUCCAGGCUCUGAGCUGUCAGCCCAGAGCCCGACGCGGGGCUUGAACUCACGAACCACGAGCUCAUGACCUGAGCUGAAGUUGGACGCUCAACCGACUGAGCCACUCGGGCGCCCCCUUUCCCAUGAGAUUCUAACGGCAGUCGGCUCUCGGUGAGGUUUGGGAGGAAGGAAGAAGAGCUGCCUUCCUAGCUGCUGUGUGAGCUUUGCUGAGCAAUAGUCUUACAGCUUCCCGCCCGGGCUGGCUUGAGAAACAGACCCUGGAGGGGCCCCUGCCUGUGGCCUGAGGUCUAGACCCAGCUCUGCUAGGACACAGUGUGGGAGGUGGACACCCCAUCUCCAGGUCCCAGCCCACCUGUCACAAGGUCACAGUCUGUGCCCCGGAGGGAGAUGAAAGCCAAAUUCAGCAGGGAGUCACUGAUUUAAAGCCAGCUCUGCUCUGAGAGGUUGGUGGCAAGAAGCUGCUAUGCAUGGACACCUGUGACCCCCCCCCCCCUGCUGUCCCCAGUCUGACUGUGGCAGUUCCCUUCUUUGCACCACAUAGGCCUCCAACCCUUCCUUGAGUUACCGUCCAGGCAGACGCUUGAGACCUCUGCUCCUUUUGACCAGCUCCAGCCCUUCAUCCUUGCCGAGGACUUAUCCCUUCUACUCACCUGCUGAAUCCUUCCUUCCUACUUACUGAGACGUUGGGAGGGAAGGACACCCGUAGCGCCAUUUACAUACUGUUUCUAGGACACUCAUCACUGUACUGUCCUUGGCUGGCCACGGCUCUGUGCGCUGCCACCCCCCACAUGCUGCAUUUCAACACAGAAGACGUGUGGUGGAACCCAGGCUUGGUGGGGAGUAGGUGCUUAGUGACUACCUAAUGAAUACCUACUGAUGGAUCAGCCAGUUCGAACAGCACACUGUGUGUCAGGCGCCGGGAAGGAAGAGGAAAUGACCAGAGAGGCCUUGCCCUUGAAAGGGUAUGGACAGGACCGAACAGCAUGUCCUUUGGUCCUGCCCCCGGUUCCUCCUUACUUUACGAGGCUUUUACGGCCAUUUCUCUGUAGAUUCUUCACUCACGCAUUCAACAAAUAUCAUUGGAAGACUCACAAGCCGGGGCUUCAUGUGUGGCCUGCAGAGGCGUUUUAUUUAGCUGAACAGUACAUUUAGUAUAUUUUUUUCAUUCAAAUGCCUUUGGGUGAGGCAUGUACUUUCCAGUUCCCCAUAGCGUCUCCCCCGAAACACACACACACACACACACACACACACUCUACUGUGGUAGUCCCGCUGCUUCUCAGAUUUACUUGCCACACCUGUCCUCUGAUUCAUUGACUGCUAGGUUCAAGAGA